UUUCGAAAUAUUUUGAGUAACAUCAAUCUUGCCGCCGUUUUUUUUAAUCACCAAUGGAUAAAUUUAAAAGUUUUAAAAAUAAGCACUAAAGUCAAAAAAAAUCUUUGUGCCGUGCUAUAUCAAGUUUUCUUAAUAAGAUUAAAAUGAGAAAAAAUUCCUAGUUCAAAAAAUAUCAAACAAAAAAAAAAAUUGAUAAUAGUAUUCUUAAUCGAUUCCAAACGAAUUUGGACGAAAUAAAAAUUUCGAUAUUUAAAACCAACCAAGAAUACCUAUAAAGAGAACAAAAUAUCUGUGUUUCUUGUGUCUCAUCCAAUAUGAAGGAAAAUGAAAAGAAUUCUAUUUUUAAAUACUAAUGAAAUAAACUUUUUCGUUGUUAAAAGAAAGAGAAUUAUUGCAUAGUGGAACAUAUAAAAAGUUUGUGUACGACAGCGACAACGACGCCAACAACAACAAUAAAUGCAAGAUAAAAGUGAAAUUUGUUUUUGGUGAGGCGAUAUCCGAAACGAACCACUACGUUCGCAGCACCGGCGUGUCAUACAACAACAAAAACCAAACAGUGCCGCAAAGUAACACAACAUAAUUGCAAGUUAGUUGCAAGGGGAAAUUGUAUGUGCGUGUUUGGAUUUGUGUAUAUAAUUGACCCAAGUGUUAGAGGAACGGGAAUUUAGCGUAAUUUCUCAGACAAUACAAAAAUGUCUACAAAAAUGUCCUCACUAAAUACCAGUGCUAAUAAUUCGCCCACUAGUGCAAUGAAUUCCUCUUCAAUGCCUCCGGCCAAUGCCACACCAACCGUAGUGAAAAUCAAAAAAGAAUUACCCAGUGAUGAAAUCAAGGAAUUUGCUGAGAGUACCAUGAAUGAACUGCUGGGUUGGUAUGGUUUUGAUAGUGUUGAUCGUUUGGAUAUUUCAGCCAAAACAUCAAAACUUUUACAAACAGCUGGUCUACUCAAUUCACAGCAACAUCAGCACCACCACCAGCAGCAGCAGCAACAGCAACAACAACAGCAAAGGCGCCAUCGCAGUAGCAGAGCAAACGCACUUAUGCAAAUGCAUCAACAACAAAAUGAACAUCUGCGUGCAUCACUCAACAACAAUAGCAGCAGUAGUAAUUAUAGCAGCAACAACAACAAUAACAGUAUUCUCAACAGCAGCAGCAAUAAUAACACCAAUAAUAACUGCAGCAAGAGUACUCGAAAUAAUUAUCGCGGCAAUGACAGCACAGCCUCCGAUCAUGAUACACGUAGUUCCCGUGACGAUGAUUCGAAAAGUCCCAAUUCAACAAGCAUAUUGGCAACCCCGACAAGUGCAAAUGUCAUUGAUGAGAAAUUAGACUUACAAAACUGCUGUUGGUGCCGACGACCCGUACCGGAAAAUGCUCCAGAAUUUCUGACCACCACCGAUGGACCACGUUAUUGUUCGGAGUCAUGUUUUACCCAAAGCCGUAGGGCUUCAUUUAAAAAAGCGAAAACUUGCGACUGGUGCAAACAUAUACGCCAUGCCGUCAGCUAUGUGGAUUUUCACGAUGGAGCCUCACAGCUGCAAUUUUGUUCGGAUAAAUGUCUCAAUCAGUACAAAAUGCAAAUAUUUUGUAAAGAAACUCAAGCCCAUUUGGACAUGAAUCCGCAUCUGAAGGAGCAGGGCUUGGAGGCGGCAAAUAAUGGGGCUAAUUUGAUAACUCCCGACUUGUGGUUGAAGAACUGCCGCAGCAGAUCCGCAUCACCGGCUUCAACUAUAUCCACCUCGCCGGGACCAAAUUGUGCCGCAACCAAUGUCAGUGAAAGAUCAUCGGUGAGGUCAAAUACACCGCUAAGUCCACCAAAAAUAGGGGGCUCUGCGGCAACAGCGCCAGCACCAAUAAAUAAUAAUUCCCAAAACCCUGCAAAUGCAUCCUCUUAUAAGCCCAUAAUCUCAGUGGCUCCUGUCUCAAAGCUAAUGUCGAAAAGUCCGGGAAUAAUGCCAUCUCGCCAAUCGCCCAAACACAAUCGUAAAAAGCGACCCCUGAAAUCAUGUGCUACUACAGAGAUUACUAACACCAGGCAUGAGGGAAAAACAAAUUGUCCGCUAGGGGGCCAGUCAAAUGCCAAAACGAAGACGACUUUGAUGAGUGAAGCAAAUAGACCCAGUCUGACCCAAGCAAGCACCCCUUCCUUGACACAAUUUGCUGCAUCCUGCGUGCAAGAUUUGCACAUGAGUGUGCCGCCACUGUCACCCAUGCUGGAAAGCCCUGCCUCGCAGCCAACCACGCCUCACAGUUUACCACCACCUUCGAAUACGGGACGCUGUGGUACAAGCAUACCACCAGCAUUCUUUGCCACACCCCCAAACAUUGCAGUUAACGCACAAACUGCCCCACCGCCAACAGUGCAAACUGGGGCCGGGUUUCCGCCACGGCCGCCAUUUAUGCACAAUCCACCAUCAGCACCGCCGCCAGGAUUAUGGCCAAGAUUUUUGGGAAAUUUUGCAGGGUUGCCACAGCCUCCCAGUGCGUCUAUGAUGCCACCAGACUUUACAGGUUUUAAUGCUCUGAUUGGAACACCGCCACCAGUGACAGUAAUGGUGCCCUAUCCUGUGAUUAUACCUUUGCCCAUUCCCAUACCAGUGCCCCUGCCAGUGAUAGAAUUUUACAAGGCCCACUUAAGUCCAGAAGAACGUAAAAAGUUUGAAGAAUCUAGGAAUAUCAAAAAAGAAACGGAAAUCCCCUCCCAAAGUACAGCUGCUGCUGAAGAACCGCUGGAUUUCACCAAAACCAAAGGGCAACAGGAUGAGUGUAGAGCAAAUGAUGUGGCUGAAAGUCCCGCCAACGAAGAGCAUUUCAUAGCAAAAGAGGAAGAAAUGGAAAUCUCGCAAACGAAUUCGUCCAAUUCACCUGCAAAUGAGACUCCAACGACGCCCAAUGUGUUGCAUUGUGUCAUUAGUAGCACCAACGAGCAGGCAUCGCCAACAAUGCCUGCAGAGGAUAAGGAUAAUGGCGGCGUCAACGAAGAAAGCUUAAAUAGCCAUAACAAUGAUAGCAUAACGGCAAGUUGCCACGAUAUGAAUGACGAAUCGAACGAGGAGUGUAACCAACGGUUACCCAAAUUGAAGAUUACACGACUGCAAACCAAACGUUUAAUACAAACCAAAGAAUCCGAAUGCUCAAGGCCUUUGCGAAAGCGUAAACGCAUUAUCGACUGCGAUUUUCAAAAAAUCUCCGUCAACAGCAAAGCAGACAUGAACGAUGACGAAAUGGAUGUUGUCGAACAGCAGCAGCAGCAGCAACAGCAUCGAACGACUGAAAUGGAAUUAAACAACAAGGGCCAAAAUAAUAACAAAUAAAGUUAGUAGUUUAAAAUAUUGCUUAAUUUUAAUUCUAACAUCAGAAUAAGAAGCACUAAGUGCUUAAAAACAGAAAUAGUAUUACCGUUAUUACAGACAAAAGGAGGAAAAGUACAUGCGAUAGAAAACGAAAGCGAAAAAUUUGUGAGUUUUUUCAGCAUUAUAAUUUUGUUUUAUCCCAAAUCCUUAGAUUAGGUUUUUUUUGUUUUUUUGCUUAGAAUCAUGAGUACGUCAACUUUUACCACACAUUUUUCACACGGAAUGUGAUUGGCAAACCUUAUAUUAAUGUGGAAAGGGCCCAUAAGAUUGUGUAAUGUGUAAUGGGUCCUUUAGACAGGAAGUUUUUUUGUAUGGACUGUAUACAUUGUAUACAGUACAAUUGAAGGUUAAUUCUCACAUGCUGGAAAAUGUAGACGCAUAAACUUUAAUUGAAUUUUAAAACUCAUUAGUUGAAAAAAUAAAAAAUUUUGCUAUAAAAUAUGCAUAUACAUACAUAUGUUUGUAAACAUAUGUUUAUAAAUCAUGAGUAUGUCAACUUUUGCCACAUAUUUUUGGUAUUACAUUUCCUGUUUGAUAGAACCUAGUACCUUAAUGCGUGUACGACCCACACGGAAUGUGAUUGACAAACCUUAUAUUAAUGUGGAAAGGGCCCAUAAGAUUGUAUCAUGUGUAAUGGGUCCUUUAGACAGAAAGUUUUUUUGCAUGGACUGUAUACAUUGUAUACAGUACAAUUGAAGGUUAAUUCUCACAUGCUGGAAAACUUCAAUUGAAUUUUAAAACUCAUUAGUUGAAAUUGAUACUACCUGGUAGUUAAAUCAUGCAUACACAUGGUAGAAAAGGUCUGCGUACAACAUACUAACCAAAACAACUUAUUAAAAAAUGCUUCUAUAUACUUUUCAUAAAAUCUAAUUUAUUUUAUAUUUAUUAAAGAAUAUUUAAUUUGCCGAUUAUAAAAAAAAGAUGUACUUUCCAAAAAUAACGUUUAAACAAAACAUACAGACGACUAUAAAAAUUCAUUAGAAAAAGUCUGCGUACAGGAUGUAUAAGUCGACCAAACAUAUUCUUAUUUCGAAACCACCUUACAGUUUAAUAGGAAGUUGGGUAUCCCCUACGUUUUAAAACUGCCGCUAGAGGUUUAGGCAUGGAAUCAACAAGCUUUGAGGUUUCUGUUGAAGAGAUUUGGGCCCAUUCCUCUUGCAGUACAGUACAGGUAGUACUGCGUUGGCGGAUUUUUCUUUAAAGUGAAUGCCAUUGGUGCUCUAUAGGAUUGAAAUCUGGUGAUUGCGGUGGUGUUCAAAGCUGAUUGGGCACGUUGUAGAGCAACCAAAGCUUAAGUAUGUACGCUGUAUGUUUCGGGUCAUUAUCCUGUUGAAAAUCCUUUUGCGAAAGCAAUACGCUUCUUGCGCGCAACACUACCAUAAUACCCAGAUUUUUUUUUAAUUUUAAGAACUGUGUCAGUGCAGAGGGUCUUUUAAAACUUUCUUUAAAUUUUCAGCAAUUUUGGAUGCUGUAAGUCGGGGGUUUUGCUUCACACUUUGCGAUACGCAUCGAGUUUUACGUUCUGGCAGAAUUUUGGCCGCACUGGACGAGGCCGGGAUACCAAAACGCCGGUAUCUUUGCAAUUUUUAACCACUCUUUGUAUGGAAGAUUGUGUUCUUCCAACAAUCCGACCGAUUUCACGGUGGGUUUUACCUUCCUCAAAGAGUUUAACAAUUAUUUUCCUUUAAGAGGGGGUUAUUUCUUUGCCUUUUGACGACAUUGUUUGCUGAAUAACUGAAAACAACAAAAAAACUUUUAAAACACAAGUUAAACUAUAACUUUGCGACACUUUUAUACUUGGUAAUAUUCAUUUGCAGGCAGUGUCAGUUGCCCAACAACAAAAUAUUGAGUGCACUAUCUGUCAAAAACAGUGAUAAGUGCAACUAUGAUUUGGUGUAUGUUACUAGUUCGCGUCUUUUUUCGUUGUUUGUUGUGUUAUGGUUCUUAACUGUACACACACACACACACUCAAAACAGCGUUGAAAGAUAAUGCACUCAGCGAGAAUAAAAUUGUACUCAGCUGUUUACGGUACCCUACCUGGUAGUUAUGCCAUGCUUGUUUGUUACGCUUUGAAUUCCCGUCUUGCUUCUUGUACGUAGCCUUUUUCUGUGCUGCCCAAUGAGUAUUCUUAGUAAAUUUAAUGAUGAAAUAAUGUUGCCGGAUUUUCAUUACUUUGAAUGCUUUGAGAUUAUGCAAUAGACUUUUAAUAAAUCGCCUACUAUGAUUAAGCUCAAAAAUUUUAUAUAUAAAAGUUAAUUUUUAACAAAAGAAAUUAGAUAAUUAGCAUGUACGCAGACUUUUUCUGCCAAGUAUAUGUUUGUAAAAGUUGACAGAAAAUUAAAUUUUAAUGCAAACAUCUGAUUUUAGUUUUGGCUUAAAUGUGAAAUAUCCCCUUCUUUUGACAACACCUCCAGAAAAACAUAAUUUAGUUUCAUCUAUUUCAAAUUAUCGCUCCCGAAUUUACUGUACUUAAUGUUAUUAAUUAUUAUUAUGCUAUGAUAAACAAAGCAAGAAAUGUGUGCAAUUUUUAGUUUUCAUUGUAAUUAUGUUU